UGGUGUGCGCAAAGGACAUAGGGGACUGUUGUUUGGUCUGGGCUCUUUGGGUGGACUGCAGAGCGGAUGUCCUUUGGAUGGACUUUACGCAGUGAUUUUACGCGUUGGAUGAGGCUCCAGAUGGCUGCAUCUCUCCGGGGCUGACAAGGGGCUCAGUGAGCAGACAGAUGAUUCCUGAAAUGACAGUGGUUUGGGGCUCCCGCAAGAGAAUCCUGCAUUACACUGAGGAAUUAAGUUACCACUACCUCUUCAUCUCAGCUGCUCCGAUGAUGUCAAAUCCAAUUUACAAAGCCAGAGGGCAGAUGUCUGACCCACAGUGCAUUCGCCUCAAACAUCUCAUCUUUUCUCAUCUAUCAGGCGGUGCGGUGAUGGAGAUUUUUCACAAGGGCAGAGACCGGGAGCGUCCUCUCGUCUAAUCCGGCGGAUGAAAUGUAGCGCCGCUCGUCUGCGUGACAUACAUGCGUGCUCCCCAACACACGCAUGUCCAGGGAUGGAUCUCAUGAACUUCACGACGGUCAUCGACAGCGGGUUUCUGGACGACGCGCCAUCGAGCCGGGUCCUCACCGGCUGCUUCCUCUCCCUGCUCAUCCUCACCACCUUGCUGGGGAACACGCUCGUCUGUGCGGCCGUCACCAAGUUUCGACACCUGCGCUCCAAAGUCACAAACUUUUUUGUGAUCUCACUGGCCGUGUCGGACCUGCUGGUGGCCGUCCUGGUGAUGCCCUGGAAGGCGGUGACGGAGAUCGCCGGAUUUUGGCCGUUCGGCUCUUUCUGUGACACCUGGGUGGCUUUUGAUAUCAUGUGCUCCACCGCGUCCAUUCUGAACCUCUGCGUGAUAAGCCUGGACCGCUACUGGGCCAUCUCCAGCCCAUUCCGCUACGAGAGGAAAAUGACACCCAGAGUGGCCUACGUGAUGAUCAGUGUGGCCUGGACGCUGUCGGUCCUGAUUUCUUUCAUCCCGGUGCAGCUCAACUGGCAUAAGGCCCAGGCUAAACCCUACACCCCUCUCGCUGGGUCCUCUGUCUCUGUGGGACCAAAUGCUACAUCCUACCACGGCCCCGAGAACUGCGAUUCCAGUCUGAACAGGACCUACGCCAUUUCCACCUCCCUCAUAAGCUUUUACAUCCCCGUGGCCAUCAUGGUGGCGACGUACACUCAAAUAUACCGCAUCGCCCACAGACAGAUCAGGAGGAUUUCUGCCUUGGAGCGGGCGGCCGAAAGUGCCAAAAACAGACAUGACAGCAUGGGCGGGGGCUCGAGCAUCGCCGAGUCUGAGAGUUCCUUCAAAAUGACUUUCAAGCGGGAGACGAAGGUGCUGAAGACGCUGUCGGUAAUAAUGGGGGUGUUUGUGUGCUGCUGGCUCCCAUUUUUCAUCCUCAACUGCAUGGUGCCCUUCUGCGAGCAGUCAGGCGGCGGGGCAGCGUUCCCCUGCAUCAGCCCCACCACGUUUGAUGUGUUCGUGUGGUUCGGCUGGGCCAAUUCCUCCCUCAACCCCAUCAUCUAUGCCUUCAAUGCCGAUUUCCGCAAGGCCUUCUCCAUUCUGCUGGGCUGCCACAGACUGCAUCCAGGAGGCCACAACAUAGAGACGGCCAGUCUAAACAAGAAGUGACUCACGGUUCUCUCGUAGCACUGACUCAUCCCUUAAUUCCAAGAGUCCGAGAGUUCCUGUUGCAGCCGGUCUCACCGACGUCGAAUGAGGAUGCCGCUCUCUUUGGUGACUCUUGGUGGAGUGAACCCCUGUCUGUACCUGCGCUUGCGUUAGGUGAGAAGCCUGCCUUUGAACGAACCGCCACACUCAGCCUCACCAUAUCCAAAUGGGCAAAGCUCCCAUAAGAGCGGUGGGGAUUUGGAUUGAGAUUAAGACUCUCCGUUGUUGUGCCAGGGAUGUGGGAGUGCAGCGGUUGCCGACACACUCAUGGGAUGGAUAAUCCCACCCUAAUGCCGUCACACUCUGCUAUCUUCAAUAGCAUCAAACACACUGAGACACAAAAACACUGUCAAAACACGCUCCUUCAAACUCAACGUAACCGUAGUGCCCAGCAUGCACACCACAACAAAUUACAAGGCCGCACACAGCAACACCGUUACUCAUUACAUUAAAAUUCUGGGCUCUGAAAGGACUCCUGCGGUUCAGUGUCAAACCAAAUCAUGCAGAAUAUGUGGUGGCUGCAGACAAAAUACAUUCACCGCUGAAUUAAUAUCACAGCAAGAGAGAAACCGGAUUUGAUUCGCGGCAUAAAUGUUUAAUCAGGAAACUGGGAGAAGGCGACGUUUGGAAAAAUGUAAUCUGUGAUGUUUUGGAAAUAGUAACAUUGUGCUGACGUGGAAAAGAAAACAGCUUAAAGUGUGUUGCUGAUUUGGGUUCAGAGUUGUGAUCUAUAUGUCAUCCAAAUGUAAACAAACCAAAUUUACUCAUGAGACACCACGAAAAAUGUGUUUUUUUUUUAGCUGAGUGUGUCAUAUUUACUGUUUGUGUCCUGUUUAUUUCAUACACAACAGCUGAUUACUCAGCUUACUUGAAAAAAAUGAUAAAUACUACAAACACAAAUUUUGCCGGACUUGUUUUCAGAGUUCAAACAGAACUGUAAAUCAUUCUGUUAUAUUUGAAUUGAUUCCAAUUUAAAGUGAAUUGUUCAAAGUUUGGUCCUUGUCUUUCAUGUG